UUUAGUAACACACCAGUACUUCCUGUUUAGAAUUGACAACAGCGAUUCAUUGAAGCUAUCUGUUUUUAACCGCGUUUUAGAUCACAAACGUGGAUGUAGCGUGGAUAGUCACCUUCAAAUAUGAUUCCUUACACGGUCAACAUCAAACUAGCAGCUCGGACGUUGACUGGCACUCUCAAUUUGCAGAAUAAAACCGCUGUUGACUGGGGUUGGCAGGGGCUCAUAGCUCAGGGAUGUCACUCCAGCAUCCUCAUCAUUGACCCAAAGACCUCACAGACUAUUCAGGUCCUGGAGAAGCACAAAGCCAAUGUGGUGAAGGUGAAAUGGUCCAGAGAAAACUAUUAUCACAACCUGAGCUCUCCAUACUGUCUGCGGCUGGCCUCAGGCGACGCAUCGGGGAAAAUCAUCGUGUGGGACGUGGUCAGUGGGACGGCCCAUUGUGAGAUACAGGAGCACUCCAAACCCAUCCAAGACUUGGAGUGGCUGUGGACUCAGGAUGCCUCUCGGGACCUGCUGCUGGCAGUUCAUCCUCCAAACUACAUCGUCCUGUGGAAUGGAGACACAGGCACCAAACUGUGGAAGAAGAGCUACGCAGAGAAUAUCCUGUCCUUCUCCUUCGACCCUUUUGACCCUUCCAACAUGGCCUUGCUCACGAGCGAAGGGAUAGUCUUCAUCACAGACUUCUCCCCGUCCAAACCUCCAGGAAGUGCAGGGAAGAAGGUCUACAUCGCGAGCCCCCACGCCAGCCCCGCCCACACCAAACCUGCUCCUGCUGCUGCCCCCGCCCCCACCGGAGCCAAGAAGGCCCUCAACAAGGUCAAAGUCCUCAUCACCAACGAGAAGCCCACUGCGGAGGCUGUGACGCUGAAUGACUGCCUGCAGCUGUCCUACCUCCCGUCCAAAAGGAACCACAUGCUGCUGCUGUAUCCCAGAGAGAUCCUCAUCCUGGACCUGGAGCUGAGCCAGACUGUGGGGGUGGUGGCCAUCGAGCGUUCAGGAGUGCCCUUCACACAGGUGAUCCCUUGUGCCCAACGGGACGCCCUGUACUGCCUCCAUGAAAACGGAUGUAUCACUCUGCGUGUGUGUCGCUCCACCUCCACUGAAGAUGCAUCAGACCCAGAGCAGACAGUGCAGGAGCUUGUGUACGACCUGCGUUCUCAGUGCGAUGCCAUCAGAGUGACCAAGACCGUGCGCCCGUAUCGAAUGGUCAUCUGCCCUGUCAACGAAAACAACGCUGCCCUGAUGGUCAGCGAUGGAAGAGUUAUGCUAUGGGAGCUCAAAGCACACUCUGGCAAGACCACAGUCAAUCCCAGCUCAGGUCUGUCUCCACUUUACUCUCCUGUGGCAUUCUGUGGCGCUCCGUUGGGUCCAAACCAAAAGAGGAUUCAGGAUCUCUCCCUCAACAGCAUGAUCGGUCAGACCCUGAUUGCUGGAGAGACCCCUCCUCCUUCCUCAAACCAACAUGAGGUCCAGCUGAAGUUCCUGUUGACCGGUUUACUUUCUGGACUCCCCCUGCCUCCAUUCGCCCUCCGCAUGUGCCCCCCGCUCACCACCAAAAACAUCAGCCACUACCAACCAUUACUGGCUGUUGGGACAAGUAAUGGCUCUGUCCUGGUCUAUAACCUCACCAGUGGGCUGCUUCACAAGGAACUCAGUGUGCACUCGUGUGAAGUCAGGGGCAUUGAGUGGGUGAGCCUGACCAGUUUCCUGUCCUUUGCCACUUCUGCCCCGAACAACAUGGGUCUGGUGCGAAACGAGCUGCAGCAUGUCGAUCUGCCCACAGGCAGGUGUUUUGCUUUCCGAGGAGAGCGAGGCAAUGACGAGCCCCCCAUCGAGAUGAUUAAAGUGUCUCAUCUCAAACAGUACCUGGUGGUGGUGUUCAGGGACAAGCCUCUGGAGCUGUGGGACAUCCGUACUGGGACACUUCUGAGGGAGAUGGCCAAGAACUUCCCCACUGUCACUGCACUGGAGUGGUCCCCUUCCCAUAACCUGAAAAGUCUGAAGAAGAAACAGAUGGCAGCAAGAGAGGCCAUGGCCCGACAGACAGUGUCUGACGCAGAGCAAACCAGUGUGGAGUCUUCAGUCAUCAGCCUCCUCCAGGACGCGGAGAGUAAGUCUGAGACGAGUCAGGCCAUCUCCGCCCGAGAGCACUUUGUGUUCACAGACACAGAUGGACAGGUUUACCACAUCACAGUUGAGGGAAACACGGUCAAAGAUGGAGCACGGAUACCCCCCGAUGGAAGUAUGGGGAGCAUCGCCUGCAUCGCCUGGAAAGGAGACACUCUGGUGCUUGGAGACGUGGACGGCAAUCUCAAUUUCUGGGACCUUAAAGCACGUUUGUCAAGGGGCAUACCAACGCACAGAGGAUGGGUGAAGAAGAUCCGCUUUGCUCCGGGGAAAGGCAACCAGAAGCUGCUGGUGAUGUACACAGACGGAGCGGAGGUCUGGGACACCAAAGAGGUCCAGAUGGUGAGCAGCAUGAGGAUAGGGCGAAAUGUAAACUACAGGAUCCUGGACAUCGACUGGUGCACCUCAGAUAAAGUGGUCCUGGCCUCAGACGACGGCUGUAUCCGGGUUUUGGAGAUGGCCAUGAAGUCUGCCAGUUAUCGCAUGGACGAGCAGGACCUGACCGAUCCGGUGUGGUGUCCCUAUCUGCUGCUUCCCCGAGCCGCCCUCACCCUCAAAGCCUUCCUGCUCCUCCAGCCCUGGUCCGGCACCUUCACUAUGGACAUCACUCAAGUAGACUACAAUGAGAAAAAUGAGAUAAAAGGACUGAUACAGGAGCAGCUCAACUCUUUGUCAAAUGACAUGAAGAGUGUGCUACUGGACCCUGAGCUGAGCCUGCUGCAGCGCUGCCUCCUAGUGUCCAGGUUAUUUGGAGAUGAGUCCGACCUGCUCUUCUGGACCGUGGCGUCCCAUUACCUGCAGUCGUUCGCCCAGGCCCGGCUCCUCAGUUUGUCGAGCGGAGAAAACCAGAAUGAAGAGACUCAACCUUCGCCUCAGAAUCACCUCGAUAUCUGCCACGAUGUCCUCUGUGAAAGCUCCUAUUUCCAGAAGUUCCAGCUGGAUAGAGUUCACCUGCAGGAAGUGAAGCGCUCCAGCUACGAUCACACCAAGAAAUGUGCCGACCAGCUCCUCCUGCUGGGACAGACGGACAGGGCAGUGCAGUUGCUCUUGGAGACGAGUGCAGACAACCCGAGCUACUACUGCGAUUCACUCAAAGCCUGUCUGGUCACCACUAUCACCUCUUCAGGGCCGUCUCAGUCCACCAUCAAGCUAGUGGCCACCAAUAUGAUCGCUAAUGGAAAACUAGCAGAGGGGGUCCAGCUGCUGUGUUUGAUUGACAAGGCUGCAGAUGCGUGUCGAUACCUCCAGACCUAUGGGGAGUGGAACCGCGCUGCUUGGCUGGCGAAGGUGCGUCUGAACCCGUGUGAGAGCUCGGACGUCCUGAAGCGUUGGGCAGAACACCUUUGCUCUCCUCAGGUCAACCAGAAGUCCAAGGCCAUCCUGGUGCUGCUGUCCCUCGGUUGCUUCUACAAAGUGGGAGAAAUGCUCCACAGUAUGCGUCAGUUUGACCGGGCUGCCCUCUUCAUCGAGGCCUGUCUGAAGUACGGGGUGAUGGAGGCCAAUGAAACGUCCAAUAAACUGAUCGAGGCAGCGUUCCUGGACUACGCCCGGCUGCUGCGCACGCUCGGGCUGAGAGAGGGCGCUGCUCUGUGGGCGUCCCGGGCUGGUACUGCAGGAGAGGCCCUGAUGGAGGAGCUGUUCCAGGGGGAGGGGGGCGUCCCGGACAAUCUACUGGCUGACGAUGAGGUGGAAGUGGGCUUGGAGAGCACUGAGUGAGGAGAGAGGAUAAGAAGGAUAUACUGACCCUUUCGGUGUGUGUAAACAACUUAAACUGUGUAUGCUUUUUGGUGCCAUAGGUUAAUGUAUUUUCUCUUGUUUUUUUUUCAAUGAAAUACCAACAAAACUGUAAAAGAUUAUUUGGCACAUGACAUAUCCAGUAAGACAAAAUGUGUUGCCACUUCUAAUUGUCUAUAAGUAACAUAUAGACCUUGAUUUUGAAGGUGCACUAUGUAACUUUUGUGGAUGAAGUUACACUGCGUUGUCUCUAUAGAAGUGUUCUUGAUUUGCCUGGAAUGUUCCACAGUAUGACAUUAAUCUUAUCUUAAUUUUUUAUUAUUAUUUAACUGUUUUAUUAUACCUUGGGAAACAUGGAUUCUUGUUAAGAGCAGGUUUACCUCUUCAUAGAUCUGAUGUGUAACUUGUCCUGGUUUCGUCUCCAUGGAGUUGUAUACAUUUAAUGCCAUACUGUGGAGCAUUCUACUAAAACCAAAACAUCUUUAUAGAGAGAGGCAGGCAUUUAUUUUCAUUUUAAAAAAGCAUGCACAGUUUGAUUGUUUACCAGAUGCAUUAUGGGAGUACUACUACUACUACAGGUGCAGGUCACCAUCUCAUUCCCUUGUGGUAGGUUUGACGGGAACAGCGCUUCAUACUAAAAAGAAAGAUGAGUUUGUCCAUGUCACUGAAGUGUGGUUGUGAUUAGUGUGUUUUCGCUGUUUCAUAUCACCACUGUGCGAUGAUGUGCAAUUGUGUUUGCAUGCGAUAUGUUCAAAACACUUUCCUUAAAUUGCCUCAAAGGUUGAUUGGACUCAUAUCGUUCACUGUUAUUGUUGUUAUUGUUAAUGAUUGUUUUAUGAAAUCGAUUUUUGAAUGUUUAUUUGCUAAGCUUUAUUUUUUUCACAUCCAGAUAAUGCAAUGUGUACCCACCCUUUGAUACGCUUAGCCCGCUCUAAACCAAGAAUGACAGUCAAUUUUGUUGUCACUUGUCCCACAUUAAGUUAGAGAGAGAAAGAGGAGAGAUACUUUAUUGAUCCUGAGGGAAAUUCAAGCUAAUAGACCCUCAACAAAACACCGGAUAAAAAAUGCUAUUGUUACAGUUAUUACAAUUAUUUGAAUGUUUUCCAUUGUGUACAAGGUUGCAUAUUGAAAAAAAAAGCUUCAGACUUGAGAUUUCUAGUCCAAAAACAUGCAUAAGAGAUAAGGUUAGGUAAAAUCCUCCAACUAAAAUAGUACUGACGAAGCUCAAGAACUGGAGAUGAGCCCCUGUUUACGCUGUUAAUAAAGUGUACCUUACCUACAUGCGUUCAUCCUUUUGGUAGAUUUGGCCCUUUAGAAACUGUCCUCUAGUUUUAUGCAUGACAAAGAGAAAGAAAGAUUAGAACCGUGUAUAAAAUGUCCGUAUUUUGUUACACACUCCACUAACAUAUCGAUCAUAUUGUGUCAAAUUGAAAGCGACUGCCUCUAGUGGUGACAAGACUCCAAACUUUUCAACCAAAUGCCUGAAAGUUUAGUUUUUGCACUUUUUUAAAACACCAAAUCUACCUUUUUUUUUAAUUACUGGGUGAAUAUUUGAUCUUUUUCUUUACAUCUAGUGGUGAGUGCGUGAUCAAAACCUUUAUCAUGUUCACGUUUUUCCUUAUAUUUGUACUUAGGGUGUCUACUACUCUACUCUGUAAUCCAUUUCUAUUAUUUGCUCAAUGAAAGGUAAUUUAUUAUCGUGUGUGUGUGUGGUAAAUUACUCCAAUUAACUGUCUCAUCUUGUCAAAAAGCGAGAUUGAUAAAUACAAGCAAAAAAUCUUGACAAAAAAAAAACUUCUCAGAGAUAAUAUGAUAAUUCUUUUAAAGUUGGUGGAGUUUUUGUGUGGAUAUUUGCCUUGUGGUGCUGUGUGUUUGGAUGGAGACUCAAACUUCAUACAUGGAUCAAUUGUAACGAGCAUUGAAUUCCGUGUUAGUAUUUUUUUAUUCUUCUGUGUAUGCAAGAAUCUAUGGAGUAGGCUAUAUGUUUCCCUCGGCCCAGCAAGUUGAAAGUCCAUACUAUUGUUCAAACCCAUAGACUUUGAAUCAACUCCACUGUAAAAAACAUAAACUACCACUUGUGUCAUUAACAUCCGCUGCUUGUCUGUACAAACAAAAUAUUACCUUUGGGUCUUCGGAGAGAAAACGCCUCAAACGGGAUAUUUUGAAAGAAUUGUGUCAUUAUUUGUAUUGUUAAUUGUUUACUAAAGCCUAAUGCUUUAAGAUGAAGUAUAACAAGAGAAAAGAUGUAUGUAUAUAUGGAUUACAAUAAAAAGUUAACAAUUUA